AAGUAAAUCAUGUUGAAGUUGCUUUUAAACACAGCUUUUCUGCUUUACCUGUCCAGGUAGCCUCUGUUUUUAUUUCAGUCUUAAUGAAAACUCUCUAACUCACAUCUCAAGUUUCUUUUCAAAGCAGUGUAAGUAGUAUUUAAAAUGUUGUACUUCAAGAAAGAAAGACUUUAACGAUAUUCAGCUUUGGUCUUGAAACACUGAAGGUAAUUCAUUUUUUAAUCGGUCUGCACAGCAAGAACUGAAACGAAUGGGGAUUGAACUGCUUUGCCUGUUCUUUCUAUUUCUAGGAAGGAAUGAUCACGUACAAGGUGGCUGUGCCCUGGGAGGUGCAGAAACCUGUGAAGACUGCCUGCUCAUUGGACCUCAGUGUGCCUGGUGUGCUCAGGAGAAUUUUACCCAUCCAUCUGGAGUUGGCGAAAGGUGUGAUACCCCAGCAAAUCUAUUAGCUAAAGGAUGUCAGUUAAACUUCAUCGAAAACCCUGUCUCCCAAGUAGAAAUACUUAAAAAUAAGCCUCUCAGUGUAGGCACACAGAAAAAUAGUUCUGACAUUGUUCAGAUUGCGCCUCAAAGCUUGAUCCUUAAGUUGAGACCAGGUGGUGUGCAGACUCUGCAAGUGCAUGUCCGCCAGACCGAGGACUAUCCGGUGGAUUUGUAUUACCUCAUGGACCUCUCCGCCUCCAUGGAUGAUGACCUCCACACAAUCAAGGAGCUGGGCUCCCGGCUUUCCAAGGAGAUGUCUAAAUUAACCAGCAACUUUAGACUGGGCUUCGGAUCAUUUGUGGAAAAACCUGUAUCCCCUUUUGUGAAAACAACACCAGACGAAAUUGCCAACCCUUGCAGUAGUAUUCCAUACUUCUGUUUACCUACAUUUGGAUUCAAGCACAUUUUGCCAUUGACAAAUGAUGCUGAAAGAUUCAAUGAAAUUGUGAAGAAUCAGAAAAUUUCUGCUAAUAUCGACACACCUGAAGGGGGAUUUGAUGCAAUUAUGCAAGCUGCUGUGUGUAAGGAAAAAAUUGGCUGGCGGAAUGACUCCCUCCACCUCCUGGUCUUUGUGAGUGAUGCUGAUUCUCAUUUUGGAAUGGACAGCAAACUGGCAGGCGUCGUCAUUCCUAAUGAUGGGCUCUGUCACUUGGACAGCAAGAAUGAAUACUCCAUGUCAACUCUCUUGGAAUAUCCAACAAUUGGACAACUCAUUGAUAAACUGGUACAAAACAACGUGUUACUGAUCUUCGCUGUAACCCAAGAACAAGUUCAUUUAUACGAGAAUUACGCAAAACUUAUUCCUGGAGCUACAGUAGGGGUACUUCAGAAGGACUCCGGAAACAUUCUCCAGCUGAUCAUCUCAGCUUAUGAAGAACUGCGGUCUGAGGUGGAACUGGAAGUAUUAGGAGACACUGAAGGACUCAACUUGUCGUUUACAGCCAUCUGUAACAACGGUACUCUCUUCCCACACCAAAAGAAAUGCUCUCACAUGAAAGUGGGGGACACAGCUUCCUUCAACGUGACUGUGACUAUCCCAAACUGUGAGAGAAGAAGCAGGCACAUUAUCAUAAAGCCUGUGGGGCUGGGGGACGCCCUGGAAAUACUUGUCAGUCCGGAAUGCAACUGCGACUGUCAGAAAGAAGUGGAAGUGAACAGCUCCAAAUGUCACCAUGGGAACGGCUCCUUCCAGUGCGGGGUGUGUGCCUGCCACCCCGGCCACAUGGGGCCUCACUGUGAGUGUGGCGAGGACAUGCUGAGCACGGAUUCCUGCAAAGAGGCCCCAGAUUAUCCCUCCUGCAGCGGAAGGGGUGACUGCUACUGUGGGCAGUGUAUCUGUCACUUGUCUCCCUAUGGAAACAUUUACGGGCCUUAUUGCCAAUGUGACAAUUUCUCCUGCGUGAGACACAAGGGGCUGCUCUGUGGAGAUAACGGCGACUGUGACUGUGGUGAAUGUGUGUGCAGGAGCGGCUGGACUGGCGAGUACUGCAACUGCACCACCAGCACGGACUCCUGCGUCUCUGAAGACGGAGUGCUCUGCAGCGGGCGAGGGGACUGCGUUUGUGGCAAGUGUGUUUGCACAAACCCCGGAGCCUCAGGACCAACCUGCGAACGAUGUCCUACCUGUGGUGACCCCUGUAACUCAAAACGGAGCUGCAUUGAGUGCCACCUGUCAGCAGUUGGCCAAGCCCGAGAAGAAUGUGUGGACAAGUGCAAACUAGCUGGUGCGACCAUCAGUGAAGAAGAAGAUUUCUCAAAGGAUGGUUCUGUUACCUGCUCUCUGCAAGGAGAAAAUGAAUGUUUUAUUACAUUCCUAAUAACUACUGAUAAUGAGGGGAAAACCAUCAUUCACAGCAUCAAUGAAAAAGAUUGUCCAAAGCCUCCAAACAUUCCCAUGAUCAUGUUGGGGGUUUCCCUGGCUAUUCUUCUCAUUGGGGUUGUCCUACUGUGUAUCUGGAAGCUGCUGGUGUCAUUUCAUGAUCGUAAAGAAGUUGCUAAAUUUGAAGCAGAACGAUCAAAAGCCAAGUGGCAAACGGGAACCAAUCCACUCUACAGAGGCUCCACCAGUACUUUUAAAAAUGUAACCUAUAAACACAGGGAAAAACAAAAGGUGGACCUUUCCACAGACGGAUAGAACCACUUUGUGCAUGAAAAACUUCUGUUCACUGAUAUGAAAUGUUAAUGCGCUAUUUAAUUUUUCUUUCUUUGUUGCUUCAAAAUGAGGUUGGUUUAAGAUAGUAAUAGGACAUUUGGAGAUAAGUUAUUCUCUACAUGAAGGUGAGAGACUGUUGGCAGGUUCAAAAUAAUCAAGAAGAGAAAUAUCCUUAGCAAAGAGGUGACUUUGGGGAUCAUUUGAGGAAUACUAACUCUGUUGCAUUAAUGCCUCAAAAAAUCAUCAAAAUGAUUCAUGGGGGCCUCAUUUGCAUUUGAAAAAUGUUUGAAAUUAGAAUCUCAUUUGUUUCAGGAAUGCAGCUACCUGAGUUCUUUGUCUCAGCAAAGUCACAAAGCCCAUAUACUCAGAUUGUGUAUCUAUACUUGCCAAUUAAUUCUAAACUUGUAGGAAGUAUACCCUCUCUUAAUCUAUGAGAAAUGAGAUUCUGGUUUACUUCAGCUAAGAGGAUGCAAUUCUUCUGAAGAUAUCCCAAGUAUAAGGCUGAACAUUAGGUGUUAAUAAUUUUUGUGAAUUUAUACACACUUAAAUGUUAAGUACAAAUUUUGUUUUACAAAUGAGGAAGAAGUAAUUUAUAAAUUAAGAAGUCACUUAUAAAAAUAAAAAGAUAACAACUCCAUCAGUUAGUUUAUUUUUAAAUUACCUGAAAAAAUGAUCUUCUACACUCAGUUUUCUUUUUGACCCUGAGUUUUCAAACUGUUACUUCUCUUAUAUUUCUCAGUCCAUUUCACUCAGUUGCACAGUGUUUUAAACCCUGUAAUUGUCAAACAAAGGUUCUUUUUUUAAUUACCUAAAUGGUUAGUUUAUUCAAACAGAGCUCCAAUAAUAUAAAUGAAACAUGUGUUAAACAGAAUAAAAUUUUUAAUGGCUAAAGUCAAGCAUAUCAAGAGAAUACAAGUCUUAACGGCUUUUUAAUACGUAUUCUUUUCCCAUCUAUGUAACCCAACUUGUACAUUUUAGCUGCAUGUGGUGAAUAUGCAUCAUAUAUUUACUUUAAGAGGUAAGAUUUCACUUGCAAAAUACAUGUGCAAAUUAGGGAUCCAUCAGCUGAUGGAAGAGAUGGACUCUAGAAUAUUAUUUCUUAUGGUUAUUACUUCUUUACAAAGCACUUUCAUCUCACUUGAUCCUCAUAAGGAAACUAAGGCUCAGAGUGAGCAGAGCUGGGUUCAGAAUCUUCUAACUCCAAGUUAUCUCCUCUUUCCACUGCAGGAAACUGUCUCUUUCGUCAGUGAAAUAAUAGAAAGAUUGUGUUAGUUAAGCGAUAAUAGUCAUUUCUUUGAAAAUGUACUGAGACUAAACAAAUAACAUUUUAACUACUGGAAUACAGAUGAGGUAUUGUACUUUGUGCAAUGAUUAUUACCUUUGAUUAAUUGUAAUGUGAAGCCUUUUACUAGGUGACUAGCUCGUGAUGUAGUAGAGGCUUUGUGGUUGUCCAUUGAACUGUCACAGCAAAAUCUGUAAGUUUCUUCAGUUCUACAAGAUAGAUCUGUAUACAUUUGAUCAUUUGGAGACUCUUUUUCUGCUGGUUUCCGAAUAACUCAAGUAAAUCAGACUUUUACAGAGCACCUGGCUAAAUGAAAGAAUUACUGAACAGUCACCUUGAAAACGUAAAGGACUGAUAUACCUCCUCUAUUUUCUGACUGGAGCACAGAACCCGGGAGAAAUCUGCCGCAACAUACAGGUUGCAAUGCAGAUGACACAACAGCAGUCCUCUCCUCUAUGUGGACUUACAGUUGUAUUUUUGUGUUAUUACUGGAACGGGAUUUUAGAAAAUAGAAGUUACCUUUGUGCGUGUGUUAGAGUAGAGUCGAAUCUGCUCUUUCUCUGAGUACUGUUUUGACCCCAGGCGGGAUCUUGGAAAGGCCAAAACAUUAACAGUAGUAUUUCUGUUCACUGAAGAGUUAUGUUACAUGAAGAUAAAAUGGUUUUGAUGUGUUUAUUAUUGUAUUUUGUGUUGAUGUAAAUAAACAUGGUAAUUUAAACAAUGAA